AUGGGUCAGACACUUUCCGAGCCGGUUAAAGAAAAACAUACAGUUUCUGGUCAUGACGACCGUAUACUAUAUGCUUCUUCUGCUAUGCAAGGCUGGCGUAUUAGUAUGGAAGACGCACAUACUGCUACACUAAAACUUCUUGAUAAAAAAGGAUAUAGUUACUUUGGCGUUUACGACGGCCACGCAAAAUAUAGUGGCAGUAAUCUUCACGCUCGGAUUGCAAAAGAUAAAGACUUUGAUACAGAUCUUAAAACGGCCAUACAGAAUGGUUUUUUGGGAACAGACGAUGAUCUAAAGAAUGAUCCUCAAUUUGCAAAUGAUCCCUCGGGAUGUACUGCAGUUAUGGCUAUUGUAACACCAAAUAAUGAAAUAUACGUCGGAAACGCGGGAGAUUCUCGUGCUGUUCUUAGUGUAGAUGGUGAAGCAGUCCAAAUGUCAGAUGAUCAUAAACCUGUUAACCAAGGCGAAGCUGCCAGGAUUCAAAAGGCAGGUGGAUUUGUUGAAUUUGGACGAGUCAAUG